AUGCACCUGCUGCCCCGUGAGGAAGCGAAGCUGCUGCUGCACCAGGCAGGCUUCCUGGCCCAGAAGCGCCUGGCGCGAGGGCUGAAGCUUAACCAGACAGAGGCGACCGCGCUGAUCGCGAGCCAGCUGCAAGAGCGCAUCCGCGAUGGCCAGCACUCGGUCGCGGAGCUGAUGCAGCACGGGAAGACGCUCCUCGGACGGAGACAUGUCCUGCCGUCGGUGCCCGGGCUGCUGCACGAGAUCCAGGUCGAGGGGACGUUUCAGGACGGAGUUUUCCUGGUGACGGUGCAUGAUCCCAUUUGUACGGAGGACGGGGACCUUGCGGCCGCGCUCUACGGGUCAUUCCUACCUGUCCCUCCGAAUGAAAAGUUCCCCGUCGCAGACGAGUCCGAGUACGCGAAGGAGAAGGCCCCAGGAGCCGUCAUCGUCAAGAAGGAACGGAUCGUCAUCAAUAAAGGCCGUGAACGGGUCAAGCUGAAGGUCACUAAUAACGGCGACAGGCCUAUACAGAUUGGCUCUCACUACCACUUCAUCGAGACGAAUGCGAGCCUCUCCUUCGACCGCGCCAAGGCGUACGGCAAGCGCUUGGACAUCGCAGCGGGCACCGCGGUGCGCUUUGAGCCCGGCGACUCGAAGACCGUCACGCUCUGCGCCAUCGCGGGCGCGCAGAUCAUCUCUGGGGGGAACCUCCUCGCGUCCGGGAUAGUGGACGCUGACCGCACGGAUGAAAUUGUACGUAAUCUGGUGCAGAAGGGGUUCGGGCAUGUCCCGGAGCCGGGGGCGGCGGAGGUGCAUGAGGACACGGAUAUUGGGCGGCAGGCGUAUGUGGCGAUGUACGGACCCACGGUGGGUGAUAAAGUGCGUCUUGGGGACACGGCGCUGUGGAUCGAGGUGGAGAGGGACGAGACGGUCUACGGAGACGAAGUCAAGUUCGGCGGAGGGAAGUCGAUUCGUGAGGGUAUGGGACAGGCGACCAACCGCCCUGCAUCGGAGUGUCUCGACCUAGUGAUCACCAACGCCCUCAUCGUAGACUGGUCUGGCAUAUACAAGGCAGACAUCGGCGUCAAAGACGGAGUCAUCACGGGCAUCGGAAAAGCCGGGAACCCCGACGUGAUGGCGCACGUGCACCCCGCACUGACCAUCGGAUCCUCCACGGAGGUCAUCGCGGGCGAGAAACUGAUCCUCACCGCGGGCGCGGUGGACGCGCACGUGCACUACAUCUGCCCGCAGCAGGUGUACGAGGCGCUCGCGGCGGGCACGACGACGAUGAUCGGGGGCGGCACGGGCCCGAGCGCGGGGACGAAUGCGACGACGUGCACGCCGAGCCCGUUCUACAUGCGCCACAUGCUCGCGGCAACGGACGGGCUGCCGAUGAAUUUCGCGUUCACGGGCAAGGGGAACGAUGCCGGCCCCCAGGCCUUGGAGGAUAUCGUCAGAGCGGGCGCGGCGGGCUUAAAGUUGCAUGAGGACUGGGGAUCGACCCCAGCUGCUACCAUGAAUUGCUUGGAUGUGGGGGAUAAAUACGAUGUUCAGGUGAACAUACACACCGAUACCCUGAACGAGAGCGGGUUCGUUGAAAGCACGAUUGCUGCUUUCGGCAACCGUACAAUUCAUACCUACCACACGGAGGGUGCUGGUGGGGGACAUGCGCCGGAUAUUAUCGUCGUCUGUGGCCAAGAAAACGUCCUACCGUCAUCCACGAACCCAACCCGUCCGUACACGAACAAUACUCUGGACGAGCAUCUGGACAUGCUGAUGGUUUGCCAUCAUCUUGAUAAGUCGAUUCCUGAGGAUUUAGCCUUUGCAGAGUCUCGUAUCCGCGGCGAGACUGUGGCGGCGGAAGACGUUCUGCAGGACAUGGGCGCAAUAUCGAUGAUCAGCUCCGACUCUCAGGCAAUGGGCCGUGUCGGAGAGGUAGUCAGCAGGACAUGGAGGACCGCGAGUAAGAUGCGAGAGUUCAGGGGCCCACUCGCGUCCCUGGGCGACAGCGAAGGUAGGGACAAUGCUCGAGUCAAGAGGUAUAUUGCCAAGUACACCAUCAAUCCUGCCAUAACACACGGUAUAAGCCAUCUGAUUGGCCAUGUUGCCGUUGGCACACUUGCGGAUCUCGUUCUGUGGAAGCCUGAGAACUUCGGGGCCAAACCCGAGAUGAUCCUCAAGUCCGGAGUGAUAGCAUGGUCUCAGAUGGGCGAUGCCAACGCCUCGAUUCCCACUGUCCAGCCAUUCUAUUCCAAGCCGAUGUGGGGUUCCUACCCUGCAUCUGCCGCACUGAACUCUGUCGCUUUCGUGUCGGAGAUUUCUCUGACGUCAGGUGUCAUCAAGUCAUACGGCCUUUCUAAACGCUUCGAAGCAGUCAAGAAUUGCAGGAACGUGAAGAAGGGAGAUAUGAAGUGGAAUGACGCAGUCCCGAAGAUGUCCGUGGACCCCGAGAGUUAUGAAGUGCGAGCGGAUGGAGAAUUAGCGGAUGUCGCGCCAGCCGAGCGGCUACCCCUAGCACGAACGUAUAAUCUGUUCUAG